CGUCCCCCCACGUCGCGUGGACCUCGCUGGCUCGUCCGGGUGCGCUUUCCUCUCGCCCCCUUCUUUUUAUAACUUUUCCCUCUCCCCCCGCCCCUUCCCCGAAGAUCUAGUUCUCCCUCUCGCUUUCUUUCCCCUCCCCUCUUGUUGGCUCUUGGGCUGGUUUGGCUGCGGGGCCGAGCGAGGAAUUCUUCUUCUUUUUUUUUUCUUCUCUCCCUCCCUUCUGAAAACUUGGGAGAGGCGAGAGAGAGGGGCGUUGGGGGAAGCAGAAGAAGCGCCCCGCGCAGCAGCAUCCAAGAGGAAGAAAAGCUCGGGAGAUGUGAGCUUCGCUGGCUCCUCUCUCUCUCUCUCGCCCCGUCGGCGUUUCUAAAGAGGACAGCGGCGGCGGCGGCGUCCCAUCUGAAGCGGGAGGGCGGCUUGUGUCGGGGGGGGAGGGAAGGGGGCUGUGUUUGAAACCCCACCACCGCCGCCCUUCUUGGGGAGAGCCAGCCCCGAGCAAGACGCUCUUCCCCACCAACCCCGGAGGCUGGAAUCGGGGCGCGUUUUCCGCGCGGUGCCCCAGGCAAAAGGAAAGAUUCGGCGCCGCAGGAACCAGGGACGCGGCGGGGCCGCCGGCAAGCCGCCGAAGAUGGAGACGGUUCCCCGGAGCGGCUUCCAGCCUCACCCCGGGCUGCAGAAAACCUUGGAGCAGUUUCAUCUGAGCUCCAUGAGCUCCUUGGGCGGCCCGGCCGCCUUCUCGGCGCGUUGGGCUCAGGAGCUCUACAAGCGGGAGAGCGCCAAGGAGGCGGCGGCGGCGGCGGUGGUCUCGUCCUCCUCCGCCGCUGCCGCCGCCGCCGUGGCCCCCGAGCCGCCGCUGCCGCCUCUGCCCCCCAUCCCGCCUCCGCCGCCUCCGGUGAUGCCGGGCCCUUUCUUCAUGCCGUCGGACCGCUCGACGGAGCGCUGCGAGACGGUCCUGGAAGGCGAGACCAUCUCCUGCUUCGUGGUGGGAGGCGAGAAGCGGCUCUGCUUGCCCCAGAUCCUCAACUCGGUGCUGCGCGACUUCUCCCUGCAGCAGAUCAACGCCGUCUGCGACGAGCUGCACGUCUACUGCUCCCGCUGCACCGCCGACCAGCUGGAGAUCCUCAAAGUCAUGGGCAUCCUGCCCUUCUCGGCGCCCUCCUGCGGCCUCAUCACCAAGACCGACGCCGAGCGGCUCUGCAACGCCUUACUCUACGGGGGCACCUUCCCGCCCGGCCGCUGCAAGAAAGAGCUGGCCGGCGCCGGCAGCGCCUUGGAACUGGAGCUGACCGAGCGGAGCUUCAAAAUCUACCACGAGUGCUUUGGCAAAUGCAAAGGCCUGCUGGUGCCCGAGCUUUACAGCAGCCCGGGCUCUCCGUGCAUCCAGUGCCUCGACUGCCGGCUCAUGUACCCGCCGCACAAGUUUGUCAUCCAUUCCCACAAAGCCCUGGAGAACCGAACUUGCCAUUGGGGCUUCGACUCGGCCAACUGGCGAGCCUACAUCCUCCUCAGCCAGGAUUAUGCCAGCAAGGAAGAGAAAGCCAGGCUGAGCCAGUGCCUGGACGAGAUGAAGGAGAAGUUUGACUACAGCCAUCGGUACAAGAGGAAGGCGCCCAGGUUUUCGUAG